AUGGCGUCUGAGCAUAGACACAUCUAUAACAAAUGGUACAUGUUUGAAAGGCAAAAAUUCAGCCUUGUCUUCUCCAGUCCAGAUGGAGAGGGUCACCAUGAAACCUUUAUCAUUCUUGCCUUCCUGGGAGCAGCUGGUGCUUUCCCCACCCAUGGUGGUGAUGACAAGAUCAUUGGAGGCUACAGAUGUCAGAAGAAUUCCCUCCCCUACCAGGUGUCUCUGAAUGAUGGCUCCCACUUCUGCGGCAGCUCCCUCAUCACUGACCAGUGGGUGUUGUCCGCAACUCACUGCUAUGAGCCGUGAAUCCAGGUUCAUCUGGGAGAACACAAUAUUCAUAUUAUUGAGGGUGAUGAGCAAUUAACUGAUGCAGCCAAGAUCACCCUUCAUUCCAAGUACGAUAAAGACACCAUUGAUAAUGACAUUAUGCUGAUUAAACUGAAGUCACCUGCCACCAUCAAUGCACGAGUGGGCACUAUCACUCUGCCACGAUCCUGUCCUUCAACUGGUGCUCAGCGCCUCGUGUCUGGCUGGGGCAACACCCUGAGCUUUGGUAUCAAGUUCCCUUCCAUCCUUCAGUGUCUGGAUGUCCCCAACCUUGACACUGUUUUCCACAAAGCACACCCAGGUCGGAUCACUAGCAACAUGUUUUGUGCGGGCUUCGUGGAAGGUGGAAGGGACUCUUGCCAGGAUGAUUCUGGUGGCCCUGUGGGCUGCAAUGGGCAGCUCCACGGAAUUGUCUCUUGGGGUUCUGGUUGUGCUCUCAAAGGCAAACCUGGUGUCUAUGCCAAGGUGUGUAACUACCUGGACUGGAUUCAUGAGACCAUCACUGCCAACUAA